ACAGAGAAAGAGAGAGAGACAGACAGAGAGAGAGGGAGGGAGGGGGAGAGAGAGAGAGAGAGAGAGAGAGAGCACUGACGUGACCGUUCUCUCACCCUUAAAAACAAAAUGUUCUGUGGAGGAUCACGUGGGGGUUUAAAAAAAUGUAUGCAGGUCAAUAUUAAAGUUCUAUACAGAUCAAAUAUUUACAGACUUCGUAGUGUUUUUUACUGGUGUGCGAUUUAAAAUGUUUAAUACAUUUCCCCAUCAUUUGUUGUUGUUGUUUAUUGUUCAUGAAUCACACGUAUUAGUGAUAUGAGAAUGUGCAUGGUGCUCUGAGGCCACAAUGUACCAUCAUGGAAUCACACUCGGCCAUUAAAAUAAAAUACAAAUAAAACUAUUAGCUGUCGAUAUAAGUACUGCAUUUGUACACAACAUACUUAGAAUGAUCUGAAUGUUUUCAUAGCCAAGAAUUGUCUCUCUCUCACUCUCACUCUCUCUCUCACACACACUUUCACUCACAUUCUCACACUCUGACUCAUAUUCUCACACUCUCUCACACUAUCUUUACGUUUUAUAUCUAGGCAGUAAAUGUGUGAUAAGUUUUGGGUUGAUUGUAGUAAUUCUCACACUCUCUCUCUUUCUCUCUGACACACACACAUGCACACUCUCUCUUUCUCUCUCACUCUCUCUCUCACACUCUCACACACUCUCACUCUCUCUCUCACAUGCUCUCUGUCUCUCUCUCGCGCGCGCUCUCUCUUUCUCUCUCCACACAGUUCCCUAUACAGUUUUCAGAAAUGUCGGUUGAGUCAACAAGGCAGUUAUCUGGUGGCCAGCUGAUGGACAUAAAAUGCAGAAAACAAAUAAACAUCUUAGAAAUAUUAAAACAUUUGUGUAUUGUCAGUACUUUUAAUUAUUUCAUUAAUAGGACAUUUUUGUGCGUGAAGAAAACGAUUAAUUCCAAUACGGGUCAUUUUGACCCCGCUUUAUGUAUUUGUGAAGUUUUUUUGGUUCACGCGUUGUAGUGUUAAAUAUAAAAUAUCUAAAAGGUGUACAUUAUAGCUGACACCUACAGGAACACUUUACAGUUGGUUUUGUGACUGUAAGUCGUUCCCUUCAAAUGCUGUUGAAGUGUAUAUCAAUGCCGUAUGUAACUUUAGAGACGGUCCCUUAAUCUGUGAAUAUCGAACAUCAAGCCAACCUUAUAGCAGUUCCCCUUUCGCCUGCUCGGACCACCAUGGCCUGAACCAUUCUCCUCAUUUCAGGGUAAAAAUAUCAAUCCACAAUUACAAAACUUCUGCAAUAUUCAUGUAAGGACGCCAAAUCAUCAUAGAUCAUUAUUCAUCUAGACAAAUCAUUGUUUUGUGGACGCAGCAUUAAUAUAAAGAUAAUUGUUGUCAUAGUCAAGGAUGUAACCGAUAAAUCUGUAAACACACAAACACUUGGUCUCGUCCGAACCGUGGGUGAAGGGCAAACGGGUCCUACUUGGAAGUGAAGUGCACUACAUAGGAGACUAACCUGUGGCUUUAUUUCCUGUUAGAGCGCUUAUGUGAGGUAGCGUUCACAGAUUUGGGACUGAGCCGAUGUUGGUCGUUGGGCAAACAGGAAGUGCACCGUGUUUAGGAGAGUGUUUGGUGUUUAAUGCAGUUGGUGAAAACAGUCGUGUUCUGACGGUCCAGAUGACGAGGUUAAAGGCGCUGUAAAGGAAGCGCUGUGCAGAAGAGGUUCGUGAUGCAAUAACCCAUUUUAUUAGUCGAGAAGCUAACUAGCAUUGAGGAGUGGGGGUGAUCCGGCCAUACAGUGCGUUUGUCUGAUCUCACAGAGGCAGCAUGGGAGCAGAGAGCAGUGGGUUGAGGAGCUGUGUGCUUGAAGAGCCGUCUGUGACGCUGCCUUCAGGCCUCACCAUGUACUCUGCUGUGCUGCAGGAUGGAAAACCAGCCUCGGUCUUCGUCUACAAGCAGGGCAAUGAAGACAAAGUCAACAAAGCAACCAAGCACCUGAAAACGCUGAGACACCCGUGUUUGCUGCGCUUCCUGUCGUGCUCCGUGCAGGAUGGAGGCGUACACUUGGUGACGGAGAGGGUGCAGCCGCUGGAGCUGCUGCUGGAGAAUCUCACACCUGAGGAGAUCUGCGCUGGCGUCUAUGAUCUGCUGCAGGCCCUUGUAUUCCUCCACGACAGGGGAAAAUCCAGCCACAACAAUGUGUGCAUGUCCUCCGUAUUCGUUAGUGAUGAUGGACACUGGAAGCUUGGUGGGAUGGAAACCGUUUGCAAGUUUUCGGAAGCAACGCCAGAGUUUCUCACCAGCGUUCAGAUAGUACGAGAGAGCAGCGCUGUGCCCCCUGAGGAGAAGCUUGGCGGAUUCAAGACGCUUCCUGAAAAACACGCCCACGCACGGGAUGCUUUCUCUUUUGGCGUGCUGGUGGAGGCCCUCAUCCCCUUGCUGAGCAGUUACGUGUCGGACGAGCUGCUGGAGAGUCUGAGGAGCACGCUGCAGGUCAGCCUGUUGACCUCUGACCCCACGGUGCGGCCGGCUCUCAGCAGUCUGCUGACCCAUGAGUUUUUCAGGAAUGAUUUCCUGGACAUCAUGAACUUUCUAAAGAGUUUGACUUUAAAAUCCGAGGAGGAAAAGCACGAGUUUUUUAAAUUUCUACUGGACCAAGUUCACAGCCUGCCUGAGGAACUGAUCGGCGCUCGUUUGGCUCCGAAACUGUUGAAUUCUCUGGUGUUUGCCGAACCCACGGCUGUAAAAAGCUUCCUGCCUCACCUCUUACAGCCCAAAAAGGAUUCAGCUGUACGGGUCGGGGAGGUGUGUCUGCUGUCGAUGCCACUGUACCGGAGACACGUGGUGCCACAGCUUCUCAAGCUCUUUAAAGUGAACGAGGAGCAUGUCCGGAUGGUGCUGCUCUCCCAUAUCCACAUCUAUGCAGAGUUCUUCUCGCAUGACGAGCUCAAGAACCAGAUCCUACCUCAGGUGUUGCUGGGAAUGAGAGACACUAAUGAUGCUCUGGUUGCCAUGACGCUGCAAGGCCUGGCAGUCCUGGUGCCGUUACUGGGUGCGCAGGUGGUGGUGGGUGGCGAGAGAACCAAAGUCUUCAAACGUACCACACCGAACUUCACCAAGUCCACAGAGGUUACACCUGAAAACUCACCUGUUCAUAUUGUCGGAGCGUCUUCGCCCUGUAGUUCGCAACCCCCCAAGGUUACAGGUCUGUUGCCUAAACGUUUGGAAGGAGGAGGAGAGCUCGUUCUUGAGAAGCUGAACUCUCUCCAGUCAGUCAGAAGAGAUGUUGCUGCCCAGAUGCCCUCUACAUCAAAGACGGCUCUUCCAUUGAAUGGCUUCAGCCAAGAAGAAGAGGGAGAGAACGGCAGCAGAACGGAAAGACCGGACGAGGACUGGCCCGACUGGGAGGACGCAGGGGAGAAAUCUGGCACGUACCAGCCUGUACAAAUUAGCAUACAGCCUGCAGACAGUGACUCAGAAUUACCAACCACUGCUGCAUAUGAUGAAGAGGAACCCUGGGAUGAUUUUGAAGAUUCUGAGGUCAUCUCCAAGCACUCGAGUACUACGCCUCAGCCGGUCCCGACGUCAAAAUCCAUAAGCGACAGUGCCUUAGGACCUGUAUCUCUACCAAUUUCCAGACCUGCAAGAGAGUCUAAAGCACUUAAACUGAGUACUGCUUCAGUAAAAACUGCUUCUGAGCAGAAACAGUUGCCUUCAGAUGUACGCUGGGAGCAGAACGUCGUGGAAGAUACCAGGCCCAGCAAACCAGGUGUAGCUAAAAAUGGAUACAGGAGUGCAGGAGCUGGAGGUCUAGGAGAGGAGUUCACCAUUGAGGUGAAAAAGAAACCAGAUCAAGAUCCAGAGCUGGACCUCUUCGCUGACAUGGUGCCAGACAUAAAGCUGUCCUCUCCUAGCAUGUUCUUACCCAUAGGGAGUUCAAUCAGCAAGCCUGAGCGAGACACUACACACUUCAACACACUGGAACUGACAGCCAAGUUUGCUGCAGUAGACCUGCCCGAGACUGAUGCAGAGGGCUGGGGUGACAGUGAUAUCACCUGGGAAGACGAGAACACCUGGUCCUGAUCACUGGAACUGUGAAUUUCUAAGAUGGUCCAAAUGUUACACUGAGUUGGAAACGGGUGUGACCGUUGCAGGCAGUUGAAACUUUUAAUGCUAUCAUAAGUGCAGCUUUAGUGCUACUCGUUUGGACAACGGUGCAUUUAUGGGCGUUUCUAAAUACAUCAUUCACUUCAAACUGCAUUGUUAUAUUAGGGUUCCCUUUUUCCAGCUCACUUAUAUUAAUCGUAUAAGCGAGCACCAAGCCAUAAUGGAAGACGUGGAUAGUCAUUAUUCUACAGGAUGUGAUCUCUUGUCAUUCUGACUGCCAACACCUUGACCACUGGCAUGAUGUAAACUUGAGAAUGAACACAAUCACUUUAACAAUGAAGAGCUCCGAUUGAUAAAUGACAAUAAAUCAGGCAUUAGAAAUGGUGUAUGAUGAGAUUUGCAGUCAGGGCUGUGUGAUGUUUGAAACUACGUAUGAAACUUUUAAUGAACGAUAUGAAGGGUCGGUGUCUUGGUUCACUUGCCCUCAUAUUCCUUUUGGGAACCUGGUGUAGCUCUUUGCCAAAUCCUGACCGAAACACAGCUUCUAGCUCUGAAGUCAUUUUCACUGGAAGUACACGUGCAGCAUUUGUCUUCAGGUUUAGGGUUGUGUUUUUGUUUCUGUUGUCUGUGCCAUCAGUGGUUCAACUUUGUUCUACUUGUAUUACAAGGAGCCUUACGGAAUAGCCAGUUUCAACAUAAACAUGUGUAUAGUAUACGGUUUAUAUACAGUACACACAUUUAUUUUGUUUUAGGGCUGGGGUUUUGCUGAACUAAAAGAGAGAAGGAUAUAAUUUAUUCGUAUUGUCAGAUGCUGAUGAAAUAAAGGUUUUAUGAUAUUUAUCUGA